AUGAUGAUCAAUCGACAUACUAAGCAGAUAUUACCUUCCUAUCUAUGUACUACGUCAACAUUAUUUACAAUCUACUUGCAUGGAAAUAUACCAGAGGCUCCUUUAGGAUUUGAAGCAGAUGCGCCCAUGAACAUCAACUGCGAAGAUAACGGAUUUCAAGAUACUAGUAAUCUUGUGUGCUCUCCAGCGCCUCUGGCUGUAAUUACACAUAAUGCAAUCAUGGGAUCAGUGAACUUAAAUCUUAACCUAGGUAGUAAACCAGAUGUGGAGUCUCCAGCUGCUCCUGUGUACUCUCCACUGACUCCACUUGUGACUGCGAGAAAAGCCAGAUCGGAAACAAGUGUUGAAUCACCAGCUGCUCCUGCAUUUUCUCCAUUAACUCCUCUUGCUACACGAAAAGAACUUCAAAACAAAGGAACCGAAGACAAUUUUUCACCACUACCUCCGAUGUCACCAAAUGCAUUAGAGAUGCUUGAAACCCUUUGCAGAGAUUUUUCUACAGUUGAACAUGAGUAUAUUGAUAUGUCAAAAAGACGGCACCGUAAUUGUGUUAGUUAUAAUGAUCCUAAACAAGAUGGAGACUAUGACGACGAUACAGAUUCAGAUUAUGUACCAGACAGUGGAGAGGAAACUGAUGUUUCGCAUUCAUCUGUAAAACAAAAUAAACGGAAGAGCUUUCAAGUUCUCGAGAGCGACAGUUCAGACAAUGAAACCAUACAGAGGGGUUUGAUUUCUUCUCAUAUUGCUAUAGUGCACGAUAAUCAAACUAGAACUAACAGAACUACACAAAUGCUACACAAUGAAAGCCCGCUCAUUGUUUCAAAUGGCACAACGGUAGAUGAACUAAUUUCAGUGUAUCAAGGCUCAGAUACUGAAGCAGUUCAUCCUAAAGCGGAAAUUGUUCGUCCAGUUACUGAAAACAAUGACGCAACGCAAACUUUGGGCCGCCCCAAAUGUGGACGCAAAAGAAGACACCCAGAAUAUUGUCUCUCUGAGAAGAAGAAUAGGAAAUAUAUGAAUUUACCAUAUCAUGUCAAAGACAAACUAGUAAGACCGAAAGUAUUCCGUGAUUAUUCAUGUACCUGCAAGCAACGCUGUUUCUUACUUGUUCCAAAAGAAACACGAAAACAAGAGUUUUAUAAGUUUGUAACAUUGGGGUCGUAUGAAGCUCAGCUGUUAUACAUUUUAAAUUAUGUUAAAGAAUCUGAAAAAGCUCGAUCAUAUACUUCAACAAAAACUAAAACCGGUAAGAAAAAACCUAGACAAUACAGAAGACAUUAUUAUAUUUGCGAGAAUGUGGUAUGUAAGGAAAUGUUUUUGAAAAACUUUCAAAUCUCUUCUAAAAGAGUUGAUAUGUGUUUGUCCAAAAAGCGAUCAGAGGAAACUUAUAAAGACAAGAGGGGUCAAAAACAAGGUGGUUGGAACAAGACCCCUAAAGAAGAUAUAGAUUUCGUGAGAAGUGUCAUUAAUCGCCUCCCAAAAUACGAAUCUCACUACAGAAGAGAACGGAACAGUGGCACGCAAUAUUUAAAAAUAGGUAUGACUAUACAAAAAAUUUACGACAUCUAUCUUGACGAGUUCAAAAAUGUGUACGGCAGCGAGAAGAAAUACGUCUCUUUUGCUAUUCUGAAGCGCGUAUUUUAUACGUAUUUCAAUCUCCGUUGUAAAUCUUUGAAGAAGGAUACGUGCAAGAAAUGCGAUUCAUUAGCCCUUCAGAUAAAGAAGUGUCAUGUAGCAGAAGAAAAAGAAUUAUUGAUCCAGGAAAGAGAUAUUCAUCAAAUGAGAGCGGAGGAUCUUCGUAAUCAAAUGUCUCAAGACUUGGCGCGUGCUAAAGCAGAUCCCAAAUUUGAAUGUGUUACCUACGAUCUCGAAAAAACCCUACCUUUGCCCCGUAUACCUACGAACAUAGUAUUUUAUAAACGUCAGUUAUGGGUUUAUAAUGCUGGGAUACACGUUGGUUCUAACGAUCAAGGACGAUGCAAUGUCUGGGUUGAAGGGGAAGCCGGAAGAGGAGCCCAAGAAGUUGGCUCGUGCCUUAUUAAUUUUAUUAAAAAUCAUUUGAGGGAUGGCGUAGAGAAUCUAGUCCUUUGGAGCGAUUGCUGUGGGGGACAAAAUAGAAACAUUAAAAUAGUCCUAAUGCUAAAAACUAUACUUAAAAGUCACCCAAAUCUUAAAACGAUAACUUUAAAAUAUUUAGAGACCGGCCAUUCCUUUUUGCCAAAUGACACUGAUUUCAGCAAGAUUGAAUGUGAGCUUAAACAUCACGAGCGGGUUUACACCGCAGAAGAAUAUAUAAAUAUCAUGAAGAUCUCUAAAAAGAAAAAACCUCUUCACGUUACUAGAAUGAAAAUACAAGAUUUUUUAAGUACAAAACAAAUAGAAAAAAAAAUAGUUAACCGCAAAAUAUGUACAAAUAAAGAUAAAAUAAAUUGGCUGAAAACAAAACAAAUUUUAUUGAACAAAGAAGAUCAAUACAUAAUUACGAUGACUUCAGAGAGUGGAGAUAUUCAAAAGCUGGAUUUGUCGAAAAGAAGCAAAGGUAAUUUAAUUCAAUUUUCUGAAGAAGAUUUUGAAGUCCUUUGGCCCCAAGGAAAACCCAUACCUGGAGCAAAGCUCGAUGAUCUGAGAUCCAUGUUUAGUUUAAUACCUGAAGACUGUCACGCAUUUUACAGUAACCUUAAGGGAAACAGCAAUAUCAGAGAGGACGUUGAUGGAUACGGGCCAACUCUUGAUUUUGACUUGGAGGAGAAUGAGACAAAUUGA